AUGUGCAGAGGGAGGAAGGGAGCUCUUCGAUGGCAGCUUCUCCAACUGACCUAUUGCUUCCUUGUCCAUGCUGAGCAGUGCACCACGUCCACUGCCAGCGUGCCGGGGGGGACGGUUGUGACGAUUGAUUGCGAGCGAUCCGUCGUCACCAUCACGUGCUACCAUGCAGAGGCAAUUCCAGACUGUCACCGUGUGGAGAUGUUCAAGACUACUUCCACCGUUUCCAGCACCGUUUCGUCGACUUCCAUUUCGCAAAGCUCCACCACCAGAAGCUCGACAGUGUCAAGCUCUUCAACAUUCAUGUCUACGUCCACUGUCACACACACGGAUACGUCAACGGUUUCAACCAUCACAGCAACCACUUCGACCAGCAUAAGCUUGACACUAUCAUCGUCUUCCACAUUGUCCCAGACCGCUACCUUCAUUCCCAGCACGACAUCCUGCACGCUGAGCUCCACCCGAACCUCUACACAGCAGCGUCUCACCACCAUUGCCACGACCACCACAGCCACCAGCACUACAUCCGCAAGUCCAAGCCGGCCAGGCACAUCAACCAGGACGGCUACAUCAAUGCUUACCAGCACCAGCCUAACAACACAAACAGCAACGGCGACAAGGACAAGAACAGGGGUCGGCACGGUUGCCUACCUUUCAGGAUACCUGAUCAUGAUGGCAUCCGGGGUGUCCCGACAUCAGGCAGAACUCGCAGUUGCUGCGGCGCUAGUGGACUACCUGCAGCUGGAGAGACUGGCUGCAGUGGCUGCGACGGCCCGUCGAGAGCACCUUGCUGACACGUGGAAUGUGUCAUUUUCGAUGGAGUUCCCCGGUGCCCGAGAAGAAGAACUUCUGGGGCAACUGAGGGACUUGCUUGCAAGUGUUGAGGCCAAUGUCGCCUCCACAUUCUCGGAUAUUUUGAGGAUACAGCUGGAGUACAUGGGUGCAGAGCCAUCGGGCCACUUGCCCCUUCUACUUGGGGUGGAUGGCCUGGGUUCUGUUCCCGACGGACCAGAAGCCGAGCCAGCGGAGCCAGCGGAGCCAGCGGAGGCAGCCGACUCUGCUUCCAUCAUUGUGGGGAUCGCUCUGGCGGCAAGCGCGAUGGGAUUGAUGGCUUACUUCUUCUGGCGCCGACGGACGCUAAUGCCAACUCUCUUUCAACAGCUGCCGGAAGCUUUCAGAUACGUCUGGCAAAAGGAGCCUUCAGGUGUAGCUUGUGACAUUUGGCAACUUGAAGCUGAGAGAUGGGAUUUGGCAGAAAGCGUCCUUCGAGCUGCUCCUUUUCCACUAGCCCCGAGAUGGCGAGGUGUGUGGCAAUGGGAUGCCGACGAGAAGGGGAAGAAGGAGGAACAUCGCCUCUAUGUUCUCCGCUUUAGCCCGGGAGGGCAGUUCUCAGGCUUUGGCAGAGGCCGCAGCGAUUUCACCGUCAGCGGAGGGGCCAUGGAUGGCGCAAAGGGAGUGCUGAAGUGGCGGGAGCAAGACCUCGGCAAUUGCAUUCUUGAGUGCGCUGGUCACUGGGACCGCCGCGUCUCACUGCCAACGCGAAUCGAUGGCACCUUCGCUGCUUACGACGUUACAGCGCUACCGAAACGCAUAGGACAGGGCUGUUUCACCCUCACGGCUGACGCCGAAGGUGUCCCAGCUGCUGCAAAGGGCGAAGCGACAGCACCCGCGGCUGUUUCAGAUCUAGUUUAG